CGCCAUUUCAAAAGAGGGAAAGUUUAUGGGCAGAAAUUUAACAUUUCAUGAUUUAUCUGCCUGGCUUCGAUAGAAAAUGGCUCAACAUUCUCGUCAGUCAAGCAGCAGUGGACCGGCUUUACACUGCUGGUAGAGAUUCUAUCGUGAGAAUAUGGAACACAAGAAAUGCAAAUGAUCCGUAUAUUCAAUCUAUGGAACACCACACUGACUGGGUCAAUGAUGUUGUGCUGUGUUGCGGGGGAAGAACUCUUAUAUCUGCCUCUAGUGACACAACUGUCAAAGUAUGGAAUGCCCAUAAAGGAUUCUGUAUGUCAACAUUACGCACACAUAAGGAUUAUGUUAAAGCAUUGGCCUAUGCGAAAGAUCGUGAACAGGUCGCAUCAGCUGGUUUAGACAGAGCUAUAUUCCUGUGGGAUGUAAACACACUAACAGCUCUUACAGCUUCAAAUAACACAGUCACUACAUCAUCACUCAAUGGUAACAAGGACUCUAUAUACAGCCUAGGAAUGAACCAGCCUGGCACUGUUAUCGUAUCCGGGUCCACUGAGAAGGUUCUGCGGGUAUGGGACCCUAGAACCUGUCAGAAGUUGAUGAAAUUGAAAGGACAUAGUGAUAAUGUUAAAGCCCUGGUUUUGAAUAGGGAGGGAACACAGUGUAUUUCUGGGAGUUCAGAUGGAACCAUUAGAUUUUGGUCACUAGGACAACAACGUUGUGUGCAAACUUUGCGCGUGCAUGAUGAUGGUGUUUGGGCUCUGGCAGCCAAUGAGACAUUCACAACCUUAUACAGUGGAGGACGGGACCAUCGUGUGUGGGCUAUUGAUAUCCGUAACCCAGAAAACAGGACAUUAAUUUGCGAAGAAAAAGCACCAAUUUUAAAACUAGAGCUUACACAUUCUGAACCACCAUCUUUGUGGGUCGCAACGACUGAUUCCACAAUUAAAAAUUGGCCAAUUAGGAUACAAAGUCAAAGACAUUCGGGAGAUUUUGACGUUAACCAAGAUACAACUCCAACUUCAACCCAACCAGAAUUUACAAUAAAAGGUGGAGCCAGUAUCCGACAGUAUACUGUUUUGAAUGACAAGAGACAUAUUAUGACUAAAGACACAGAAAGUAAUGUUGCAGUAUGGGAUGUUCUUACUGCAAGAAAAGUUGAAGAUCGUGGAAAUGUUAACAUGGAAGAUGAGGCGAAGAAAAGAUUCACCCAAGUCUAUGUUCCAAAUUGGUUCUCUGUUGACCUUAAGACAGGACUGUUGACAAUACACUUAGAGGAAUCAGAUGCUUUUGCAGCAUGGGUUUCGGCAAAGGAAGUUGGGAUGUGUUCAACGAAUGAUUCUAGUGAUCCGAAAUUGAACUUUGGUGGCCUACUUCUUCAGGCUUUGCUAGAAUAUUGGCCGAGGACACAAUUUGAAGAGGAAACAGAUGCUAAUGAGCUCAAUGGAGGCUCAGAUAAUGAGAGACAAAUAUCUGCAUCAACUGGGAAUAGAUAUUUUAGUAUUCCUGGGCAUACUCCUGUCAUAUUUAGUGAGAUAGGUGGUAGAACUUUAUUCCGACUCCUCUGUCGUGAUGCUGGUGGUGAAACUGAGCAAAUCCUCUUAAAUGAAACUGUACCAUCAUGGGUAGUGGACAUAACAGUCGAGAGGAAUGUCCCAAAGUUCAAUAAAAUACCCUUUUUCCUCCAACCUCACUCAAGCUGUGGAACUAAAUCAUUGAAAAAGGAUCGUCUCUCUGCAAGUGAUAUGCUGCAAGUAAGAAAGGUCAUUGAACAUGUGUAUGAAAAGGUCAUAGGUCAAGGGUCAGAGACAGGUUCCCAGACUGCCACAGGGAACUCAACUGCGACUGAGAAAUCUGAAACAGAUAAAGAUGAUGAUCAGCACUCCAUUGCUGAGGAAAAAGUAGAACUUCUAUGUAACGACCAGGUAUUGGAUCCAAAUAUGGACUUGCGCACAGUAAAACAUUUUAUCUGGAAACAAGGAGGUGAUUUGACACUGCAUUACAGACCCCUUAAUAAUAAAUAACUAAAGAUACUGUUUCAAAUGAGUAGAGGGUUUGAAUGCUGAUUAGUCAGAGCAGAUAGGACUGAACAAGGAAAAGAAAUAAAUGAUCAAGGAAAAGAUAGACAUGAACAUGGACAAGAUAUAAAUGAACAACGAAAAGAGAGGAUGAAAACCUUAACAAUAAGUAACUUAGACUGCAUAUAAAGUGUCCCCUUGUAUGUUGCACAUGUUGCAAAGGAUGGUGCUUGUAUAACAUUAGAAUGCCUAUGUAAAACCAUGUGAACAAAAUCUCACCCACCAUAUUGGAAUGCUGGCUACAGUGGCAUCAGUAUUAUAUAUCUGAGGAUUGUAUUUACAAGGUUAUGUGAAAUUAAACUAUUUGAACACAAACUCCUACACCCACAAUAGUACAAGGGAUGCAAUGGAAAUGGAAAUGUUAAUGAAAAUAUCAUCAAAAAUUAUGAGCAACUACUUCAGAGACUUGUUGUAUGCUCAUGAGGUCAGACAAAAAUGACCAAUAGGUUCUAACAAAUAGUCUUUUUAUUGUGAUUUUCUAUUCUUUGUAUAUGGCAGAUUGUGAAAUAAUCCUCAAUGUUGUAGACUACAUGUUCAGUCAUUAGAUAUGACAAUUAUCAAAGUAUGGGACUAGGGAUGU